AUGAAACUAUCAACUAACUAGAAAUCUAAUAAUCUAUUUGAAAACUAUCCAAAAUUACCUCAAAUACCUCAAAGAAAUUAAUUUCUAACUUCGGAAAAACCUUAAUUUAGAAUAUAACAAUAAAUACAAAAUUAAAAAAAUUUUCUCUCAUUCUAAGAAAUUUUUGAGAUUGAUUAGAAAAAUAAGUUUCUUCUCAAAGAGUUAAUAAAGGUUUUGAAUGAAGAUCUCAAUUAUUAACCAUAAUAAUUACAACCCAACAAUAUAAAUUAAUAAGAAUAUGAAUUAAAAUAAAAGCCUCGUAGAAUAAGAAAUAAAUCAUAUGAUAAUAACUUUUAAGGUGAUAAAUCAUUUGAUGAUGGAGUAAGUUUUCGCAAAUAAAGCAAAUUACCAAAUAAUAAUAAAAAUAUUUAAUUGAAAAACCAUUCUAGAACAGCAAAAAUUCAUAAAAUAAUAAAUGUGAAUAAAGAAGAAUUAGAUGAUUCGUUUAUUGAGUUUGAGUAAAAAUAAAUAAAUGAUAUGAAAGUUUCAAAUAAAAAAUAAAUGAAAUUCAAUUCAGAGAUACAUGAAUAAGAUGGAGAGAUAAAGAAUAGUAUGAAUUUUAGAAAAGAAUCCAAAAACAAAAAAAAGAAACAUAAAUUCAAAAUUGUUGGUUAUGCAAUAUUUGCUGCUAUUUGUUUGUCAAAAAAAUAUAGAAUGAUAUAAAAAUAGAAAUAAGAAUUACGAAGUUAAAUAAAUUAAAAUUUUUAAUAACAUUAAAAAGUAUUAGACAAAUUCUCCAAAAGAUAAACUAUCAUUCAUGAAAAAUAAUACUAUGAAUUUAUUGUAGAAAAACUAAUGCAUUAUUUUAAAGACUAAUAAUUUUUUGAAGAAACUCAAAAAAUUAAAAAUUAAUCAAAAGAAUAUUAAAGUGACAUUAGAAAAUUACAUGUGUUUAAAUUUACUACUUAACUUUUUAAAAAUGUAGAAUUUUAUACUAGACAAAAAAAUACUCCAGAUUAUAUACUUAGUUUACUUAAUAUGAGUUUGUAUGAAAAAACUGCUAUUCCUAUUUCAAAAUUUGUAGGUUAAAGAUGUCUAUUUUAUAGUGAUGAUCAUCUAAAAAUACCUUAAGAUUAAUUAGUUUUGAUAGCAAUGGAAUAUUAUUUUUUUUGUAAUUUGAUUCCAAAUUUUUUUGAAAUGUUGAAUGAACUUUAAGAUGAUAAAUUUAUUACAAAAUAAAAAAUUAGAACAAAUCUAUUUCAUUAAAAUGAAUGUCAUUUUUAUGUGUGUAUUUUUGCAACCUUAAUUUAAGAAAAGAUUAUCUAAACUUUUUAGGAGAUGAGAAAGAUAAAAAAUCCUAAUGGGAAUAUUGUUUAAAAAACUUUAUAAACAACUGAAUAAUAGAAUCUAGUCAUCAAAGCACAGAUUGUGAUUAAUAAUGAAUUAGAUGAUAAAGAUGUAGAAAAAGAAAUAGUAAAGGGAUUAAUUACUUCUGAUUUAAUAGAAGCUCUUGAAGAAGAAAAAGGUUAAUGGAAGUAGUUCAUAGCUUAGACUUUUUAAAAAAUAAUUAAAAAUUUUAGAAGCUUAAUGCCAAAUUGA